GUUGUGGUUCCGGUUCCGUCGCGGAGACACGUGAAGGUCGGUGAGUUGCUGCGGAGUUCCUCUCGGCACGCGUGGUGGAGGUGGGAUGGACGCCUCUUCGUCUUCGUCCGCGGCGGAUUUGGGCUCGGUGGACCCACAGCUGCAGCACUUCAUCGAAGUGGAGACUCAGAAGCAGCGCUUCCAGCAGCUGGUGCACCAGAUGACGGAACUUUGUUGGGAGAAGUGCAUGGACAAGCCUGGGCCAAAGUUGGACAGUCGGGCUGAGGCCUGUUUUGUGAACUGCGUUGAGCGCUUCAUUGAUACAAGCCAGUUCAUCUUGAAUCGACUGGAACAGACCCAGAAAACCAAGCCAGUUUUCUCAGAAAGCCUUUCUGACUGAUCUCAGAAUUACCUCUUUGGAAAAGGAAGGUAGUUCAAGAAAUGAAGAGCUGUUGAUGGGAUAGUUGAAGAAAAGGCUAUGGGGGCAGUGGCUCCCACCUUUGUCACUCUUGGGACAUCCUGUCAUUCGAGAAUGAACAAAGACCAAUUUUCUGUGUGUGGGGGGAGGGAGCUUUGAGGGUCAUAUGUGUUUUUAUGCUAAUAUUAUGAGAACAAUUGACAGAUGAAUGAAAAACUCCUAGAUGCAUAUCACUGUAUGUGGGACUGUGCUUUCUCAAAGUCCCAUGAAUUGCUCCCUAUAAUUUUGAUAGUGGAACUGCUUUCUCUGAUUUGAUAGUGGGACCACAUAGGUACAACCUGUCAUUUGCGUGGAUUCAUUUCUGAUUUCUGGGGAGAUUGGUGUACAUCUUUGUGUCUUUCAGAAAGGGCAGCAGUGGGCAAAGAGUAAUUUGCUACUUAACUGUAGGCCUCCUUAUCUUGUGAUCUGAUUAUCAGUGCUGGAAAAAAAUCUAUGGGAUAUUCAUACAAUACACUUAAGCUUUCUAGAUUAUCUCCCUUAUGCUGUGUGUGAUUUACUUAAAUAUAUAAGGUAUGGUCUCGAGGUAGUACAGGUAGCUUGAGUGUCUAGAGGCCUCUGGUUGUAAAGGAAUCUAGCCAGUGAGCAUAACACUUAUUCCUAUACUGCCACGAGGAAGAAGCUUACUUACAUUGUGUAUCAGAGUCGAAAAAAUUCUAAGAUGUGCCUAAAUAGGUUGUAAGGAUUUAGGCCAGUCACACAGCAGUUUCAGGUAGAGAUGCAUGCCUAAUGUUAAUCAGUAUAGGUUCCAUUUAUUGCAUCCUUUUAAUCACUGAAAUAAAAGCUUCUACAAAAUUCAA